GUGUGUGUUCACUUUUUUAAAAAUCACUCCUACGAGCCUGGGCAGAUUCACGUCCAAGUCGACGCUAUCAGCCUAUUAUUACUAUUAUUCCUACUUUUAUUUAUUUAUUUUUUAAACAUUUUUUUCCUCCGCGUCCUUUCUUCACUCCUAACGUUUCUCCGAGCGCCGCUGCACCAUGUAUUCGUGAAGAGAGCGUAAAGUGUGAAAUGUUUUGAAAGAGAAAGUUUUUUUUUUCUUCUUCUUCUCUCUCCUUCGCGUGAAGAGAGGAGGGGAAAGAAAAAAGAAGGAGAAGAAGCGAUCAGAAAGAGCUCCGAUGCAUCUCCGACGAGAGUGUGCAAAGGAAAAGUGCUCAUUUGGAAGUAGGAGUUGCUUCGUCGAAGCGCUGCAGAGACUUUUCUGGUAAGAGUGAAAAAUCAGUUCUUUUUUGUUGUUGAAGAAGAAGAAAAAAAAGCAUCAAGCUGGCUCACUCUCUUCUAAGUCAACCCGGUCUGCCAGGUGCUCUUCACCCUCUUUGGAGGACUGUCAACAGCAAGAGGAUGGCAUCAGAGCUGGCGAUGAGCAGCUCCGACCUGCCCACCAGUCCCCUGGCCAUGGAAUAUGUUAAUGACUUCGAUCUGAUGAAGUUUGAGGUGAAAAAGGAGCCGGUGGAGCCCGAGCGCGGCAGCUUGAGCCACCAGUGCAGCCGCCUGCUCGCCGGGGGCUCCGUGUCUUCCACGCCGAUGAGCACGCCGUGCAGCUCGGUGCCGCCUUCGCCGAGCUUCUCGGCGCCCAGCCCGGGCUCCGGGAGCGAGCACAAGAGCCACCUGGAGGAUUUCUACUGGAUGACGGGCUACCAGCAGCAACAGCAGCAGCAACCGCACCACCAGCCGCAGCCGCAGCAGCUGAACCCCGAGGCGCUGGGCUUCAGCCCCGAGGACGCCGUGGAGGCGCUGAUCAGCAGCACGCACCAGCUCCAGCCCUUCGACGGCUAUGCUAGGGGGCAGCAGUUCGCCAGCGCGGCCGGCCCCGGAGGCGCCGUGGCCGGGGACGACAUGGGCUCGGCCGCCGCCGUGGUUUCGGCAGUGAUCGCCGCCGCCGCGGCGCAAAACGGCGCUCCGCACCACCACCAACACCACCAUCACCACCACCCGCACGCCAACAGCGCCGCCGCCAGCGCCGUAGGGCACCACCACCAGGCACCCUUGGGCGCCGGGCACGCGGCGGCCGAGCGCUUCUCGGACGAGCAGCUCGUCACCAUGUCCGUGCGCGAGCUGAACCGGCAGCUGCGCGGCGUCAGCAAGGAGGAGGUGAUCCGGCUGAAGCAGAAGCGGCGCACGCUGAAGAACCGCGGCUACGCGCAGUCGUGCCGCUUCAAGCGCGUGCAGCAGCGGCACGUGCUGGAGGGCGAGAAGACGCAGCUGCUGCAGCAGGUGGAGCACCUCAAGCAGGAGAUCGCGCGCCUGCUGCGCGAGCGUGAUGCAUACAAGGAGAAGUACGAGAAGCUGGUGGGCGGCGGCGGCGGCGGCGGGGGCUUCAGGGAGAGCGGCGGCUCGAGCAGCGACAACAACCCCUCCUCCCCCGAGUUUUUCAUGUGAGUUCUGCACCUAGUCGUAAGAAUAAGCGAGAAAGAAAACAAACAAAAAAGUUUGUUUGUGAUUUUUUGGCGGGUUUGUUAGACUGAGAGAGAGAAAAAGACAAAACUUUAAAUUCUUCGUAAAAGUCUGUUUUUGUUUUGUCUGCAUUCUGGUCAGUCAGGCCUGGCAGUCUGUCUUGUUUUUUGAGCUUUACUUUUUUUUUCUCUUCCUUUUUUUGCGCGUAGACAGACAAAACUUUACAAUAUAUAAAUAUUUUUUCCCUUCCAAACCUGCCAUCCUCGUGCGUUUUCUCCACACUUACGUUCAAAUGCACAAGUCUGCAAUGCAUUCAUAUUUUUUCUUUUAAUUUUUCUCAUUUUUUUUUCCAUUGUUCGCCUGACUUGCAGUGUUUUUUUAAUGGGAUUGCUGUUUGUAAUUUACUCCCCCCCUUUUUUUGUUUUGUCAAUGUGCGUUUGCAUGCAUCCACAUGCACCACUGAUGUUCAUCGACCUUUUGCAUCAAUUUUUGUUCUUCUUUUUUUAUUUACAAUCAGAAUAACUGUUUGCCAAAAACAGCGACACUUACCUCCAGUUUAAAA